GUGUAGCCGGAGAGUGCGCGUGCGCUCACGGGGCUCAUGACGUCUCCGGUGCGAGCAGACGGGCUCUAUCCAUCUACUACACCGAGAAGGAGAGCGAGUACGUCAGUACACCACAGAACAGCCCGAAGGGACGCUCGACAAGGAAGAAGUGACCAGUCCCUUCAAAUAAUCAAGUGAAACACCGGAGAACGAGCGCGUGCUGUUGUUUUCCCCUCAUUCGCAGUAUAAGUCACGCCGGAGCACGUCACUAUGACAACGUUUGGACUUUCCAUAGUAGCCUUCUUCAUCUCUGUAGGUGCUCAGUAGAGGCAAUAAUAAUCUCUCCGGUCGUGCAAGGACUGUCGCUUGUCAAGCCUAGAAGAAGACCGCAGAAUGGAAAAGAGACUUGGUACGAUGAUCAGCUAGCGUCUUAUACAGCGAUCUUCAAGCUUAGAGGAGAAACCGAAGACAGCGCACCUGGAGCGGCUCGAGCAGAAUGGAUUUCAGCACCAUCCGGAACCUCAUCACCAGAUACUGUACAGGAGAGGAGAACUGGGUGGACAGCAGGACGGUUUAUAUUGGGCAUAAAGAGCCUCCACCAGGAACAGAAGCCUACAUUCCACAGAGAUUUCCUGACAACAGAAUCGUCUCCUCGAAGUAUACGUUCUGGAAUUUUAUACCGAAGAACCUCUUUGAGCAGUUCCGAAGAAUCGCCAAUUUCUAUUUUCUGAUCAUCUUUCUAGUGCAGCUGAUCAUUGAUACCCCCACCAGUCCUAUGACCAGCGGCCUGCCUCUUUUCUUUGUCAUCACAGUCACAGCCAUUAAACAGGGGUACGAGGACUGGAUCAGGCACAAAGCGGACAACUCUGUAAACCAAUGUCCGGUCCACAUCGUCCAGCAUGGCAAAGUUGUACGCAAACAGAGUCAGAAGCUACGGGUAGGGGAUAUUGUCCAGGUGAAAGAGAAUGAGACGUUUCCUUGUGACCUCAUACUGCUGUCCACCAGUAGAGAAGAUGGGACGUGUUUCGUCACGACAGCCAGCUUAGAUGGAGAGUCCAGCCAUAAGACCUAUUAUGCAGUUCAGGACACAAAAGCCUUCAGCACAGCAGAGGAGGUGGACACGCUGCACGCCACCAUAGAAUGCGAACAACCCCAGCCAGACCUGUACAAAUUUGUGGGACGCAUCAAUAUUUAUUUGGAUCGAGACGAGCCCAUCGCGAGACCUCUGGGUUCUGAGAAUCUGCUGCUACGUGGAGCCACACUGAAAAACACAGAAUACAUACAUGCUGUGGCCAUUUACACGGGCAUGGAAACCAAGAUGGCCCUUAACUACCAGUCCAAGUCUCAGAAACGCUCCGCUGUUGAAAAGUCUAUGAACGCCUAUCUGAUUGUGUACCUCUGCAUUCUGAUCAGUAAAGCUCUGAUCAAUACUGUCCUGAAGUAUGUCUGGCAGGCCGACCCGAACAGAGAUGAGCCCUGGUACAACCAGAGGACUGAGUCUGAGAGGCAACGACAUGUAUUAAUCCGGGCUUUCACAGACUUCCUGGCCUUCAUGGUUCUGUUUAACUACAUCAUUCCUGUGUCUAUGUACGUGACGGUGGAGAUGCAGAAGUUCCUGGGCUCCUACUUUAUCCUGUGGGACGACGACAUGUUUGAUGAGGAGGUUGGAGAAAGGCCGCUGGUCAAUACCUCGGACCUCAAUGAGGAGCUUGGACAGGUGGAAUAUGUGUUCACUGAUAAGACAGGCACUUUGACAGAAAAUAACAUGGAGCUGAGGGAGUGUUGCGUGGAUGGACAUGUCUAUGUGCCACAUGCCAUCUGUAAUGGGCAGAUCUUACCUGGAGCUGCUGGAAUGGAUAUGAUUGACUCCUCUCCAGGUGUAGAGGGAAAGGAGCGAGAGGAGCUGUUUUUUCGUGCGCUGUGCCUGUGCCACACUGUCCAGGUAAAGGAAGAGGAGACGGUCGACGGCAUUAAGAGAGGAAUACAUCAGGGCAAAGCCACAUCUUUCUAUAUCUCCUCUUCUCCAGACGAGGUUGCGCUGGUGGAGGGCAUGAAAAGAUUGGGCUUCACCUACCUCCGUCUGAAGGACAGUCACAUGGAGAUCCUUAACAGAGAGGAUGAGAUGGAGAGAUUUGAGCUGCUGGAUGUGUUAAACUUUGAUUCGGUGAGGAGGAGAAUGAGUGUAAUCGUACGAUCAAACUCAGGCGAGUACUACUUGUUCUGUAAAGGUGCCGAUUCCUCUGUUUUCCCACGGGUGGUUUCUGGGAAGGUGGAGCAGGUCAGAGCGCGAGUCGAGCACAACGCUGUGGAAGGUUUACGGACCCUCUGUGUGGCUUAUAAGAGACUGUCUCAGGAGGAGUAUGAAGAGACGUGUCGUCUGCUCACCAGCGCUAAACUAGCUCUGCAGGAGCGCGACAAGAAACUGGCUGAAGCUUACGAUGUCAUUGAAAAGGAUUUCAUCCUGCUGGGAGCCACGGCUGUGGAAGAUAGGCUGCAGGAUAAAGCUGCCGACACCAUUGAGUCCCUCCACAAGGCUGGCAUUAAAGUUUGGGUUCUGACAGGAGACAAAAUGGAGACGGCGGCAGCCACAUGCUACGCUAGCAAGUUGUUCCAUCGCAAUACACAAAUCCUGGAACUGACGACCAAGCGGACAGAAGAGCAAAGUCUCCACGAUGUGCUGUUCGACCUGAGCAGGACCGUUCUGAGGCAACACGGCAGCAUGACCAGAGACACUUUCUCAGGGCUCUCCGGUGAUUACCAGGACUAUGGUCUGAUCAUAGAUGGAGCGACACUGUCAGCUGUGCUAAAGCCGACACAGGACGCAACCAGCAAUGGUGGAAACUAUAAGGAGAUUUUCCUGGAGAUCUGCAGGAACUGCAGCGCUGUACUCUGCUGUCGCAUGGCACCUUUACAAAAAGCACAGAUUGUUAAGCUGAUAAAAGCAUCAAAAGAGCACCCCAUCACCCUGGCCAUCGGGGACGGAGCCAAUGACGUCAGCAUGAUUCUGGAAGCUCACGUGGGCAUAGGUAUCAUGGGUAAAGAGGGACGUCAGGCGGCUCGUAACAGCGACUAUGCAAUUACCAAGUUCAAACACCUGAAGAAGAUGCUGCUGGUUCAUGGACACUACUAUUACAUCAGAAUCGCUGAGCUGGUCCAGUAUUUCUUCUAUAAGAACGUCUGCUUCAUCUUCCCUCAGUUUCUCUAUCAGUUCUUCUGUGGCUUCUCUCAGCAGCCACUGUACGACACAGCAUAUCUGACCCUGUACAAUAUCAGCUUCACGUCUCUGCCCAUCCUGCUGUACAGUCUGAUGGAGCAGCACAUCAACAUGGACAUCCUGAAACGGGACCCCUCUCUCUACAGAGAUAUUGCCAAGAAUUCCCUCCUGACGUGGCCCACCUUCAUCUACUGGACGUUUCUGGGGGUCUUCGAUGCGGUGGUUUUCUUCUUUGGUGCUUUCUUCCUUUUCGACAACACAACCUUCACCAGCAACGGACAGCUAAUGGCCACCAACACACAGAUGAUGUUUGGAAACUGGACUUUUGGCACUCUUGUGUUCACUGUCCUGGUGUUCACGGUCACGCUAAAGCUUGCACUGGACACACAUUACUGGACGUGGAUCAACCAUUUUGUCAUAUGGGGCUCUCUGCUUUUCUAUGUCAUCUUCUCCCUGCUCUGGGGAGGCAUCAUUUGGCCUUUCCUCAACUAUCAGAGGAUGUACUACGUGUUCAUGCAGAUGUUGUCGAGUGGUCCUGCGUGGCUCAGUAUUAUUCUGCUCAUUAUCGUCAGUUUGCUGCCUGAUGUGCUGAAGAAAGUGCUGUGCAGAGCUCUGUGGCCCACAACCACUGAGAGAAUACAGAAUGCAGAUAAGUUAUAUAAGGGCCACCUGUCGGAGUUCUCCCCGCUGACCUCCCUCCAUGCUCCACCUGCGCGGAAACACGAAAGACGUGGCAACGAAAGCCAGAACCACGCCCACCGCAGAACAAACUGGUGUUGCCUUUGUGCAAACCUAUUAUCAAGAAACACUCCGUAGGCUUCGAUUGUCUUUGUCUGAAUGCAUUUGUUGUGUUUCCGGAGCAUCAUCAUCUCGACUCCUUUCCUCGCAUGCAUUUCCUUCACUGUCAUUCAGUUGUCACGAUGAGACCUGUUGCUCAUUUCACCAUUUUAACCAUCAUCCAUGACAUGAAAGAGAGAGAGAGAGAGAGAGAGUAGGUGAUGUCAAAGUCCAUCAAGACCAGCGUUUUUGAUGGUUACUACAAGCUUCUCGUGGGUAGGUGCCUUCUGGUGCUUUUUAACCUCAAUGUAUGUUCAUGCGUUCAAUCCAGUGAAGCGUUGAAUUCUGGGAAACACGUGCAUGUGUUUGCAUUGCCCGACAUCUCGGCCUGCAACAGAGAAUGUCAGAAUUAUGGCUAGUUUGUUGUAAGUAUAAUGGUCAUUUUUGGGAGGGGGUUAACGUUGAUUAAAUGUCACAGAUUAAUAAUAUUAAUAAUAACAGAAUGUCCUUUUUCAUGCACACAUUAUAUCUGAAUAUAGAUUAUAUAUACAUAGAUGAGUUUAUUGAUGUCAAGGUUUACAAAGGCUGCGAGUGAAUGAAUGAAUGACCUAACGUGACGACUGAUCAACUCUGUUUCCGGUCCAAAAGUGUAUCAUUUGGUUUGUAUGAAUGUAAACUCUGUGCAAAGUCACUGUUUUAUUGAGUACUGAGGUCUGAACUUUGCAUGCCAUGUGAUGGACCAACCACUGAGCUUUAUAUUUUCAUUUCUAUGUAUAAACCACAUCUGUGCUCAUUUCCAGUCCAAUCCAGUCCAAGCGAUGCACAUCUACAAUACCGAGUACUAAAUAAUAAUAAUCAAUGCUGGCAAAUCUAAAACACAAAAAGAAUGUGCUUAUUUAUAGAUUCUCGACCUAAUAUGGUAUGUUUGUCUUUUUCAUUUCACAUUAUACUAUAUUGUUCACUGUUACAGUUCUAUCUGGCUUCCUGAAUGUAAAGAAAAUAGCAGAUAACCACAAAUCACAACUACAAGGUGGUUCUAGAACAAAUGUCCCUUCACAAAUGUGUUUUGGUUCUCGUUUCUGACUGUCGUUUCAAAUCGGAACUAUUUUUUUGUAACGUAGUAAUACUUUUGCUCACUGAACGCUGUCUGCCUCAGGGGUGCGUUCAGGCACUGGCGAACACUGUAUUCUGUCUGUCUAAAGAUUAAAACAAAAAAAAGGCUAUAUGAAAUAGGUAUUUUGUAUAUCUUGUGAUGAGAAAAAUAUGUCUUUUUGCUACUUUUGUAUCUAGAGGAUGAAGAAAACUACUUACUGUUACAGAGUCAGAAUGUCACUGUUCCGCUUUUACAACCAAAUGUAAGGCCGUGGGAGAAAUUUGACUUCAGUAAAGAUGGAAGUAAAGAAAAAAUAGCUUUAA